UCUUGUUGGUGAUAAUACUCAAGAAAUGUCUCAUGCAGGAGAAAAGUGAAAAGAGAUGCAGGUGCAAUCAUCUAGUGCGUGGAAGUGGGUGUGAGGCGCAGGAAUGCAAACUAAACUUAGGGCAGGCUCAAAGUACCGCAGCCAACAAGCUGCAAACGAGAGCUUGACUAACGAAAUAUUUAUGUCUUACAUUGAUUUGCCAUUACACCAUCUCUUGAAGUAUAUUCACCCUAGACAUGCUUUUCCCAUGCAGAAUCAAUCUUUCAGUCCCAGGGUUUAUGCGGGAAAAUUGGGGAAACUCAGUGAAGUGAUGACGUUGAAUGAUCUCAGUGUACUUCAAUUUAUUUUUUUGAUUUUUUUUUGGUUCAAGAGGCCAAGACCCAAAUUGCGGGGAGAACAUUUUCGGCUAGACCUCGACUGCCGGACCGGGGGAGCUCGAGACCACAUGGACGAAACCAAACACUUCAGACAAUGUACCCAGGUGGCGCAGGAUAGCCCCAAAAUAGUUUCUAUCUCAGCCUCUCUAGGCCUUCAAUCAAUAGAAUCCAAUAAUCACUUCAUUCUAGCCAAAUGAGACGUGCUCAUGACGAAAUCCCGGUUGAAGUCUCGGGUUCCCGUUCAUCACCUUCAAUACCACUAUCCCACUUUCGGAAG